AACUUUGGUUUUCAACGUCUCACAGUGAGUGAACAGUCAUCAGGACUACUCAGAAAAGUCCAGGUCUAACAGAAACCAGACUAAUCCGGAUCAACAACGACAACACUUCUUCAUGUGUGUGGGACGGUAGCUCGGUCUGACGGAGCUCUGGGGGACAGAGGAAGACCAGAAUCAGGAUGAAGAGGCAGAGAUCAAACUCUCCUGAACCCAGCUGUGUGUCCAUGAAGAGUGACCGGUCUAAAAGUGCCAUCAUUAACUUCAAACAGCCUACACGUAAAAGUCUCAGGAUUAAGAAGCAGAGCCCAGACUCUCCUGAACCCAGCUGUGUGUCCAUGAACAGUGGCCAGUCUGCUGAUUGCUGGAUAGACUUCAAACAAUCUGCAGAUGGAAGAGGUCAGCUGGAAACAUCAGAGUUCUUCAGUGAUCAGUCCAAGCAGCAUCAAACAGAGCUGGACUCCAUAUUUAUGCUGCUGGAGGAGAACAUUAUCACCUUUGUGAAGAAGGAACUGAAGAGAUUUCAGAAGGUUCUGAGUCAGGAGAACCCAGAACGUCACAGUGAGGAUGAGGAGGUGUUGGCUGGUGAAGAUGAAGAGCAGAGGAGCAGCAGAGAGGCUUUUGUGAAGAUCACAGAGAACUUCCUGAGGAGAAUGAAGCAGUACGAGCUGGCUGACUGUCUGAGGAACAGAAAUUCCGCUUCAGUUUGCCAACAUAAACUCAAGUCUAAGCUGAAGGAGAAGUUCCAGUGUGUGUUUGAGGGGAUCGCUAAAGCAGGAAACCCAACCCUUCCGAAUCAGAUCUACACAGAGCUCUACAUCACCGAGGGAAGGACUGGAGAGGUCAACCAUGAACACGAGGUCAGACAGAUGGAAACAACAUCCAGGAAAGCACACAGAGCAGAAACAAGCAUCAGACAAGAAGACAUCUUUAAAGCUCCACCUGGAAGAGAUGGACCAAUCAGAAGAGUGAUGACAAAGGGUGUGGCUGGCAUUGGGAAAACAGUCUUAACCCAGAAGUUCACUCUGGACUGGGCUGAAGGCAAAGCCAACCAGGACAUCCAGUUCACAUUUCCAUUCACUUUCAGAGAGCUGAAUGUGCUGAAAGAGAAAAAGUUCAGCUUGGUGGAGCUCCUUCAUCACUUCUUUACUGAAACCAAAGAAGCAGGACUCUGCAGGUUUGAAGACUUCCAGGUGGUGUUCAUCUUUGACGGUCUGGACGAGUGUCGACUUCAUCUGGACUUCAACAAAACUCAAACCCUAAGUGAUGUCACAAAGUCCACCUCAGUGGAUGUGCUGCUGACAAACCUCAUCAGAGGGAACCUGCUUCCAUCUGCUCGCCUCUGGAUAACCACACGACCUGCAGCAGCCAAUCAGAUCCCUCCUGAGUGUGUUGACAUGGUGACAGAGGUCAGAGGGUUCACUGACCCUCAGAAAGAGGAGUACUUCAGGAAGAGGUUCAGAGAUGAGGAGGAGGCCAGCAGGAUCAUCUCCCACAUCAAAACAUCCCGAAGCCUCCACAUCAUGUGCCACAUCCCGGUCUUCUGCUGGAUCUCUGCUACAGUUCUGGAGGAUCUGCUGAAGACCAGAGAGGGAGGAGAGCUGCCCAAGACCCUGACUGAGAUGUACAUCUACUUGCUGGUGGUUCAGUCCAAAGUGAAGAGCAUCAAGUAUGAUGGGGGAGCUGAGACAGAUCCCCAUUGGAGUCCAGACAGCAGGAAGAUGAUGGAGUCUCUGGGAAAACUGGCUUUUGAGCAGCUGCAGAAAGGGAACCUGAUCUUCUAUGAACCAGACCUGGCAGAGUGUGGCAUCGAUAUGAGAGCAGCCUCGGUGUACUCAGGAGUGUUCACACAGGUCUUCAGAGAGGAGAGAGGACUGUACCAGGACACGGUGUUCUGCUUCAUCCAUCUGAGUGUUCAGGAGUUUCUGGCUGCUCUUCAUGUCCAUCAGACCUUCAUCAACUCUGGAGUCAAUCUGAUGAAAGAAGAACAAACACCAUCCAUAUCUACAAUGACACAGCUCUACCAGAGUGCUGUAGACCAGGCCUUACUGAGCCCAAAUGGACACCUGGACCUGUUCCUCCGCUUCCUCCUGGGUCUGUCACUGACCACCAAUCAGAAUCUCCUACGAGGUCUGCUUACACAAACAGGGAGUGACUCAGAGACCAGUCAGGAAACAGUCCAGUACAUCAAGACAAAGAUCAAUGAGGAUCUGUCUGCAGAGAAGAGCAUCAAUCUGUUCCACUGUCUGAAUGAACUGAAUGAUCGUUCUCUAGAGGAGCAGAUCCAACGGUACCUGGGAUUAGGAUAUGUCUCAAGCAUAUCUCUGUCUCCUGCUAAGUGGUCAGCUCUGGUCUUCAUCUUACUGUCAUCAGAAAAAGAUCUGGAUGUGUUUGACCUGAAGAAAUACCGUGCUUCAGAGGAGGCUCUUCUGAGGCUGCUGCCAGUGGUCAAAGUCUCCAACAAAGCUCUACUGAGUUUCUGUAACCUCUCAGAGAGAAGCUGUGGAGCUCUGUCCUCAGUCCUCAGCUCCUCCAGUCUCAGAGAUCUGGACCUGAGUAACAACGACCUGCAGGAUUCAGGAAUUGAGCAACUUUGUUGUGGACUAAUGGAUCCAUGUUCUAAGUUGGAGUCUCUCAGGCUGAGUGUCUGUAACCUCUCAGAUAGAAGCUGUGGAGCUCUGUCCUCAGUCCUCAGCUCCUCCAGUCUCAGAGAUCUGGACCUGAGUAACAACGACCUGCAGGAUUCAGGAGUGACACUGCUGUCUUCUGGACUGGAGGGUCCACACUGCAGACUGGACUCUCUCAGUCUGUCUGGCUGUUUGGUCACAGAGAAAGGCUGUUCUUCUCUGGCAUCAGCUCUGAGCUCCUCCUGUCUGACAAAGCUAGACCUGAGCUACAAUCAUCCAGGAAAACGAGGAGAAAAACUACUGUCUGCUCUACAGAAGGAUCCACAUUGCAGACUGGAGACACUGAGGCUGGACCAUGGUGGACGGCACAGACUGAAACCAGGUCUAAAGAAGUAUGCCUGUAAGCUGCAAGUGGACACAAACACAGUGAACAGAAGACUCAAACUGUCUGACAACAACAGGACGGUGACAUUAGUGGAGGAGGAUCAGCCAUAUCCUGAUCAUCCAGACAGAUUUAACUGGCCUCAGCUGCUGUGUCGGACUGGUCUGACUGGUCGCUGUUACUGGGAGGUCGAGUGGAGUGGAGGGGUUAAAGUAUCAGUGAGUUACAGAGGAAUCAGACGGAGAGGAAACCUGAAAAAAUGUGUGUUUGGAUGUAAUGAUCAGUCCUGGAGUCUGAUCUGCAAUGAUCGUAGUUACCAUGUUACUCACAAUUACAUAGAAACAACCAUCACCUCCUCCUCUUCAUCCUCUGGUAGAGUAGGGGUGUAUCUGGACCAUCCUGCUGGCUCUCUGUCCUUCUACAGAGUCUCCUCUGACAGACUGAUUCACCUCCACACCUACAACACCACAUUCACUGAACCGCUCUAUCCUGGGUUUUUGACAGGUUCAGGUUCCUCAGUGUCUCUGUGUUCUCUGUAGCUCAAACUCUGCUGUCUGAAUCCAAAGCUUAGUCAGACUACACACUAGAUGAUUUAUCAGCUCUAAUUAACCUGAUUGAUUUGAUUCAACGCUUGUCAGUAAUUCUUUUCACUAGUUGAGCUUGCAUUGGUGUAUAUGUCACUGUUGAACUGCUCAGCAGUCAUUUUGAUAUGAUCAAGUCCAUUUUAGUCUUGUUUUUUACUUUCCAUACUUCUUGUUUGGUCUAACCAAGCCCACAGAUACAAACAGCUGAUCAGAUACUCUGAGGUGGAAGAGCACGUAGCCUGUAGCCGAAGCUCACAUUGUAAAAUAGUGCCACACACAGCGGCUUUCUCUGUGAACAAUAACACACUUCAAAAUGUUUCAUACAGCAUACUAUUGAGCCAACAUUGUUGUAGGAGCCACAUUUGAGUUUUUAUUGACAUGCUUUCAUUUGACAUUGUCUACUUUUCUUGCAUUUUGUGGGCACCCUCCGCAGGUGGUGAGGGCGCUGGCCUAUUAGAAUGAGCGGCUGACGCACACCCAGGAAGAUGGGUCACAGUGCAAACUGUCAUUGAGCGCAGGCUUAGAUAGCUGUGAAUGAUUUGUACUCAGAAACCCGAUCAAAUGAACUUCUGUUUUCAUUGAUCUUUUUAUUUUGGUCAUAAACAAAAGCAACUUUGAAGCAGCUCUCUCAGAAUUGAUUUUUGGAAUUCUGUGUGUGUGAUGAUGAAGCAGUGAUGAUGUUCCCGUUCUACCUGUGGUAAAAACAUGAAUACUGGAAAAGGUUCAAGGACAAACCUGAUUUUAAAGUUUUACAUUUCAUCAAUGAGGAGCUGUGGACAGAAUGCAUUUUUAGUUUCUACCACUUAUUUUGGAUCAGUAGAACCUUAGAAGUUAAAACAUCAGCCUUGUCUUUGGACAGGAAUUUCUUGGAAAUUUUCCCCUCCAAACGCCACAUAUGUUCCAUAAUAUUCCAAAGAAAUAACAUACAUUUUCUAUUUAAAAAAAAUCUUCAAUGUAUUUUAAAUAAUUUUUCCAUAAAAAAAUACCUAAAAAUGUCUUCAAGAAGUCCCAAAAUGUUUCAGUGAAACUUGAUCAUAAUUCAAUUUAUUAUAAAUUCUGUGUAAAUUUCUGAAAAUUUUCAAGCAAAUUCUAAAAAAAGGAAACAAAUACAUCCCUGAAUAUUCCAUGAAAGUGCCAGAAACAUCCAAACAAAAUCCUGGAAACUUGCAUAAAAAUUCAAACAGGAAAUUCAGCCAACAUCCUGCAAAUGAUUUCAACUUCAAUAUGUAUUUGAUUUAUUAUCUGACAUAUUCUAAGCUUAGAAAUGAUUGCUAUGUUGUUGAAAAGCUAAAAUGAAAUGUCCUCAUAUGUGCAUGCAGGGCCUUAGGUGGUUCAAACAACAACAUGGCUAGAAUAGCCCAGAAUUCCUUUGGGCACUUUUGCACCAUGAGUGAAGUUGCUGACUGAGUCAGAGAAUUCCUGCCUGUGGAUAGAUGGUCUACUGAAUCCUGAUGGAAGAGGACUUCCUGGUUUAGAGGUCACUCUCUGGUUGGGGCACUUGUAGUGUCUUCAGUUGGCAUACCUUGAGUGGCAGAAAUGUUGAAGAUUCAAGUCUGUGCUAGAAAUAAGGGAAACUGUAGUGGCUGAGCUACAUGUAGCUUCACUGAACUACUUAAACAUGUUGUUAUGAGUUGGCUUUCAAUUGAAUUUUCAAGUGUAGAGAAGUUUCCACAGUGUAGUUGAACUUGAAAAAGUCAAGCCAACAUAAAUGUCCAAGUAAAAGUGAAUCUUAAGUGGCAAAAAGAAUUCAUUUUUCCAGUGAAAUCCAUUUCAAACAGGGAGUAGAGAUGCUCCCUUAACUCUAAUCUGCAUCAAGUUGGCUGUCAUCAAGUGAACAGUGUCUGAGUGUCUGUCUCCUCGCUACAGUUUGAGUUAAAGGAAUAUUUUGGGAUUUUUGAAGUUGGGUCGUAUGAGGUGCUUGACUAUAGUAGUAGCAUUAGCCUCCGUUGAUUUCCGUGUAAUUUGAUCCUGUUGUUAUGAGCUUGGAGAGAGCUGGCGCAUAGUAGCUGUAGAUAGGAACAUCUUGUCGGCGUAAAUUAACUAGUUUUACGAUAAAAUUGGCCAAGAAAAUAUGUUGGCUUGCCUGUGUGCUGUCGAAAAUGUGCACAGUGCUUCAUUUCUCCCAAAACCCCCUCUGUGUCAGGUACUAAUUUACGAUGCAGCUUUCGCCAUUUUGUAUCCGUCCGCCUCCGAACACUGUUUACAUCCACCAGUCAGCUGUGUGGGUAUGCUGUGCUCUACAGAAAUAAUAACACCACAUCAAGGUAAAACAAUGAUAGCAUUAGCGAUUUCAACAUGAGUGACAAUGAUGUGCUGUUUACUGUGGAUACAAGAGGAUAUUUUUAUGAACCGGAGUACACUGAAGAAGAACUUAUACAGAUGGAUACAGACUGGACUUAGAAAGCGGGCUGUAAGAGAGACUAGAGAGCCUUCAGUCAAAAGUUUAGAACAGGAGAGAUCCCAAGUUAUCUGGUGGUGUAGGUGUGGAAAAUGCAAACCCACUCGGAGAGCUACUGUUGUCAUGAGUGGGACUUGGUUGUGACACUUCUUCAGGACAUUAUUGAAUCAGAGGAUAGCGGCUCACAGAUGCCUGCAGUCUUCAUCACGCUCCAUCCAGAAUUCCCUGCCUAAUCACCGGUGUUUUGUGGACCUUCUUCAACUUUCCGAAGAUAAAUUGGAAAAACAGACCCCGACCAGAAGGGCCAAAUGGAAAUUUGUCAUCCAGGUAAGCUUAUGACAGUUGCCUUUUUCCUCUAAUGGCUGUUACAAGCUACAGUCGGCACAAUUACCUUAUGAAAACAAUGUUUCAGCUGUUGGAGAGGAAAAUGCACUAAAAUCAUGUCACACAGGCCCACCCAUUUCUGUGAAAUACCACAUCUUUGGAGUUGACUGUAGGGCAUCAGGAAGCCGUGCUUUGUGGCUUGGGCUUUGUAAUGCAAUUGCCUGUAAAUGUGCGAGUGUUUGGUUGUGUGUUUUAAAUGUUUAUAUCGGUAAGUAAUGUUUACCUGAAGUGUAGGUACAGCGGAGCUCUCCAACCUAUCCUUGUGUUUUGGUAGUCCUUUUAAACAGUCCUGCUUGGUAAAAUGGGCACUGCAAUAAACCUUUCAGUGCAGAAAGUGGGGUGUUUAUAUCCAUAUUCAAGUCAAAGUUGGUGAAGACCAAUGUCACAUAGCCGAAUACGGUGAAAUCUGUAUGGUGUCCAGGAGGUGUGCUUGUUUGAACAGCAUGGAUUAAUGCAAGUACACGGCAUCUUCUGAAUCUGCAAAAAAAAAAAAAAAAAAAAAAAAAGAAUUAAAAAACUCACAUCGUGUUGUAGUAACCAAUGCCUGACACCGCUACACAGCAUACCCACACAGCUGACCGGCGGAUGUAAACAGUGUUCGGAGGCGGAAGGAUACAAAAUGGCGAAAGCUGCAUCGUAACUUAGUACCUGAAGUGAAGCGCUGUGUACGUUUUCGACACAGCGCACAGGCGAGCCAACAUAUUUUCUUGGCCUAUUUUAUCGUAAAACUCAUUAAUUUACGCCAACAACAUGUUCCCAUCUACAGCUGCUAUGCACCGGCUCUCUACGAGCUCGUAAUAACAACAGGAUCAAAUUACACGGUAAUCACUGGAGGCUAAUGCUACUACUAUAGUCAAGCACCUCAUACGACCCAACUUCAAAAAUCCUGAAAUAUCCCUUUAAAGGCCAGCAGAAAGGCUUCACUGCCCUCUAGUGGCUGAAAAAUAGAACAGCCAUGCAGCUCUCUUUUCACUCAAUCUCACUCUGAAAACUGUGCAUGAGGAUGUCUGCUGUAUUGAGCAGGUUAGAAAAGAAAGGAAGAGUGUGCAGAAGUUAAAGGCUCUGUAAACAAUUUCACUCUGCCAUGAGUGUCAGCUGGAGUUAAAAGGAAGUUAAAUUGAGCUAAAAUCUUUUUUAUAUCACUUUAUUUCAAAAUAAAAAUCCCCUGAUUACGGUUGUGCCACCCUGACAUUUAAAAACUUGCAAAUUCUGAGACAAAAGUUUUCUGUGAGCUUACUAACUUUAAAUUGAUCCAUUUUUAUUAACAUUUGAUUGUUUCAAAGAUUUCAGCCAUUAAAUAAUGCCAGAAUAUUCUAAUUUGAGUUUCUCAUUAUUAAAAUGUAAUUUUUAAUGGA